AUGGCGCAAUCUCUAAAUGUCAUCGCGCUGAUCUCGGGAGGCAAAGAUUCACUCUUCUCCAUACUCCACUGUCAAGUAAACGGCCACCGCGUCGUGGCCCUGGCCAACCUGCACCCGGGGCCCUUGCCCAAUGGCGAAGAACAAGACACAAACAGUUACAUGUACCAGACGGUCGGACACUCUGUAGUCCCUCUGUACUCGCAAGCACUGGAUCUGCCGCUGUACCGCCGACAAAUCACGGGCACAGCAGUCGAUUCCAGCAGGGAUUAUGCGGCGCCGUUGCCCUCUUCUUCUUCUUCUCAGCAGACGCAUGGUCAAAAACAAAAGUCAGACACUCAUCAUCAGCAAGAGAUAGUAGAGGAUGAUGAUGGGGGUAAGCAGGACGAUGAGACAGAAGAUCUUAUCCCAUUGCUCAAACGCGUAAUGCAAGCCCAUCCAACCGCCAACGCCAUAUCCACCGGCGCAAUCCUAAGCACCUACCAGCGCACGCGCGUGGAAUCCGUAGCACUCAGACUUGGCCUCACGCCGCUGGCGUACCUGUGGCAGUACCCGCUGCUCCCGCCGUACGAGCAGUCUGCGCUCUUGCGCGACAUGCGUGCCGUUGGGCAACAAGCAAUUAUCAUCAAGACGGCUUCUGGCGGGCUCGACGCGUCUUUUUUGGGGCUGGAUGUCGCUGGUGGCCCGGGUGCUGUGGCGCGGUUGAGCAAGGCGAUGGGCAUGUUUGGGGACGAAGUGGGUGCUGGGGCGAUUUUGGGUGAGGGGGGCGAGUUCGAGACGCUCGCGGUGGAUGGGCCGGGCCCACUGUGGAAAAAGAAGAUUGGGGUUGAGGGCGAGGCGGUAGUGCUGGAGGGGGGACAGACGAUGUUUAAGGUGGUGAAGAGUUGGGUGGAGGAGAAGAAGGACAUGGGGGAUGUAGGUGCGCUGAGGGUGCCCGAGGUGUUUGACGAUGAGUUUGCAAAGGUGUUGGAGACGCUGGAGAAUUCGAAGUCUGAUAUGGCGGAUGGUACUCGGGAGAGUAUUACAACUUCCACUAAGCCAUCAACCAACGUCUUCCUCCUCCCUACAAACACCAUCCACUCUACCCCCACCCUCCUCACAAUCUCCAACCUCACCUCCCCUACCACCAACACCACCACCCCAUCAACCUCCUCCCGCCAGCUCACAUCUAUCCUCCUCCUCCUCUCCCACCACCUCCGCCAGUACCGUGUCCAAAAAUGCAACAUAACACACACCACCCUCCUCCUCCGCUCCAUGUCCCACUUCACAACCUUAAACCCCCUCUACUCCUCCUUCUUCACAUCCAUCAACCCCCCCUCCCGCGUCACGGUCGCCUGCUCCGACACAAUGCCGGAAGGCGUAGACGUGAUGCUCAGCGUAAUCGCAGAGCGAAGCGAAAAAAGAGAAGGGUUGCACGUGCAAAGUACGAGUUACUGGGCUCCGGCGAAUAUCGGACCGUACAGCCAAGCUAUUUCUGUCCCGCUACCUUCUUCUUCUUCUGUCUCCGGCUCCGGUGUUGUAGGAGACGACGAUGGAGAGGAGGAGGAUAGAGAAGAAGAAGGCAAGGGAGUAGGCGACAUCGUCUACAUAGCCGGUCAAAUCCCCCUCCACCCCGCCUCAAUGUCCCCUUACACCUCGCACGGGUUUACAGGCCAAGUCGCGCUGUCGCUGCAGCAUCUGUGGCGCAUUGGUGCGGUGAAGGGGGUACGGUGGUGGACUGGCUGUGUCGCCUACAUUCCUUCUAGCAUCACCUCCUCCUCCUCGUCCGUGGGCUUAAUACAGAAAGCAUGGCGCACCAUCCAUCUCGCAAACCAACCCACCACCACCACCACCACCUCCGACAACGAAGAAGAAGACGAAGAAGAAGAUAUAGACCCCUGGGACGUCCUAAACACUCACCCCACCACUUCCUUCUCCGAUAAACUUCUUCGCCGUCGUAUACCAGAUUACACCGCUCUCCACUCCCCCACCUCCACCUCCUCUUCCUUCUCUUCUAAUCAAGCACAUGUCCCAAUACCACCCUGCUACACAGUCCAAAUAUCCUCCUUGCCCCGCAACGUAGAUAUAGAAUGGAGCGCCACUGGUCUUACCGCCUCUGGCUUAUCUUUUUCAAGGGAUUCAUCUACAAAAACAACUACCACAUCAAUCCAAGGCAGCCCGGCGCAGUUUUUCAGCUGUGAAGUAAGCGGGGAAGAGGAUGUGGGAAUGUUGAAGGAGAGGAAGUGGACGGUUGGUACGCUUUAUGUUUCGCGGAGCGCGGGGUUGGGGUGGUUGGGGAGUGUGCUGGAGAAGAUGGGAGGAGUGCAGUGGGUUCCUUGUGAGAGGGUGUGGGGGGAGGGGGGAAGGGAGGUUGGUGCUGUGUUUUUGGGGCGGGUUGAUGGGGUAGCAUGA